CAGGUAUUAUGAGAAAAUACCGGUUCAUCCCUCAAAAUGAUACAAGUAAAAAGUAGCGCACAUUACUAGUUUAUUAACUUCUGCUUUAGGUGAAGUUCCUUGGGGCUGCGGUAUCCGUCCCGAAAGGAUGCGUGAUUCAAAUAAGACGAGUGGUUGGAGCGGACAGACAUUUUGUGAAAAACACAGGCAUUUGAACAAUGGACAACGGGACCAAGAUUCAGAGCUCAUUGAUGAUUACAAGGACGAUGAUUGUAAUGUAUUUAGAUCCGAACGGUAUUCAAACAGAUUAACAUCGUAUGGAGUAACAAUUUCAAUGUUAAACUGUGGAAUUGUAGUCAAUUUUCAUGAAUUAUACCGGUCAGAAGGUCCGAUUAGAGCCUUACAUCACGUAUUUGUUACAAUUGAUAACUGGUCGCCAUUUGCACCAUUGCCAGCAUUUUUGAUUUAUGACAAUGCUUGUGGGCUAUGGAAAACAUUUGACACUCGUAUGAAAAACCGAAGGAUAACUCGUACACCAACAACUGAUAAAUUGAAAUCAAUGCAAUUCGUUGUCGACAAAUUCCACAUAACUAAUCAAAAGAGAAAAAUGUGUGAAACAUUCACAAAUCCAUGGAAAUAUUUAGAAUUACAAAACAUAAAUACCCAAGUAUGUGAACAAUUUAAUUCGAAAGUAAAACAGUACCAGAAUCCAGUGUCUUCAUAUUCAGCGCCAAAGUCUGAAAUAUUUUACUUACUAUUAUCCUCACAUUCCUCAGGAUCCUCACAUUUCUCACAUUCGUCAAGAUCCUCACAUGCGUCAGGAUCCAUACUGAGCAUCACUGAACAUCUGAGCCGUUCUGAUCCCGUCAGAAAUACGUACUGCGUACAGAAAUCACAAAUCACCACAAAUUAA